CCUCGAACAAACCGUCAUGCCUUCGAGUGGCAUAGGCACCACUAAUACUAGGCAAAGCAAGAUCACUCGCACGCACACCGGGUGUACAACAUGCCGAGGGAGAGGCAAAAAGGUCCGUCAUCAGGAAUCUCCUCCAUGGAUCCUCGAAUGUGCGAUGGAACCAAGCCUCGCUGCCGGGCCUGCGUCCGAUUAUCCUUGGACUGUAGCUACCUAUGGUCUGGCUUUGACGUUUCGACAAUCAGGUACCUCCAGAUGCCAUUGUCGCGUCAUCAACAGCGGCUCAACCCACGGUGCGUUGCGACACGAUCAGCCAGCCAAAGCUCGCCUUUGAAGUCACCACACUGCUCGGAGUACACCUGGAGUCCAGGCUUCCCUGGACCGGGGAGAUGUUUGGAAGGUUAUGCGAUCUGAGCCACUUCAGGGACCAUGUGCUCAAUCUCCUACCGAGAUUGUCGAUGACGUCGGUGGAGAAAUGCUUCCAAUCUCCGUACCUACCGUAGGCACUGCCGCUCUCGGCAUCGCCGCCGCGAAGUCUUUCCGUGCUCAAUGCCCAGGUGGGAAGCUAUCUUCUUGUAUGUGGUGA